GUUAUUUCACCACUCGGCCGAGCGGGUUUUCUGAAACCACUUCCCGGCAUAUGCGCAGCCUGGCCUAGUUGCGCCAUGUUAUUUUUUUGUUCCGUAGGCCGCGACACAUGACGAGGGGCUAGCCGAGCGCUCCGUCUCGUUUAAUGUUGUCGGCUCCUUCGACAUCGCCCGCUCAAUACUACAACAUUCUUCCUCCUCAUGACAUCCACAUUAACGCACUACGGAAAGGGAGCCCUUCGAGUCGCGAAGAAUUACACGAAGGGGUACACCCAUACUCAGGCGAAAGUCAGGGAUGCGACUUCAAACGAUCCGUGGCCGCCGUCUGGCCGGCAGAUGCACGAGAUUGCGCAACUGACAUUUAACCCGGAGGACUUUGUUGAAAUCAUGGAAAUGAUGGACAAACGGCUGAACGACAAAGGGAAGAACUGGCGUCAUGUAUUCAAGGCUCUCACUCUACUUGACUAUCUGCUGCAUUCUGGCUCAGAAAAUGUGAUCCUGUAUUUCCGGGAUAAUCUUUAUGUGGUCAAGACUCUGCGAGAGUUCCAGUACGUCGACGACAACGACCAGGACCAGGGCGCCAAUGUCCGUCUGAAGGCAAGAGAGAUUGUCAACCUAAUGCAGGAUGAGGGAAGGCUGCGCCACGAGCGACGGACGCGAGCCCGCAUGUAUGAGCGCAUGGGUCAUCAUGGCUGGCCGGACGACUCGGAUGAUACGGAUGAGGAAAGUGGCACGAGGCGCAGCGGAUAUCCUCCGGUCAUUCCCACGAGGCCGUUAAACAAGGAAGACGAAGAUGUGCGCCGCGCUAUCGAGGAGAGCAAGCGGAGCAUGGAGCAUGAUCGGGCGACAGCGGAGGAGCGAGAUCUGCAGAAGGCGAUCCAGCUGAGUAAGGAAGAAGAGGAGAAGAGAGCGAAACAGUUGGCAGAAGCCAAUCUCAUCUUAUUUGACGAGCAGGGACAAGCCAGACAGCAGCCACAGCAGACCGGCAUCCUCGUCGACGCUACCCUCCCUCUUCAGUAUGCGGUGACCGGCGUCCAACCGCAAUAUACGGCGAUGCCGUUACAGUCACAGUACACUGCAAUGCCGUUGCAAGCGCAAUACACCUCAUUUAACCCGUUCCAGCAACAGGCGGAACAAGAGAUGCUGCAGGCUCAAUACAUGCAACAGCAGCAGGCGGAAAUGGUGGCAAUGCAGCAAGCGCAGGAGGUACAGGCUCUGCAGCAGGCUCAGUUGCAGGCGCAGCAAGAGGAGUGGAUGCGACAACAGCAGCUGCUCGCUCAGCAGCAGCAGGCUGCUUUAUUGCCUCAGCCCACGGCUGUUCGGAUUGGUUCUAACAAUCCAUUCGCAUCUUCCGUGCCACCUCGCGACAGUGUCUCUGCUGGCCCGCAAUUGCAGCAGACGACUGGCACCGUGUCAUUCAAUCUCACCGGCACGUAUGCCAACCGGGAGAACACAGCGAGCGCCCCUCUUCCCUCACUUCAGCAGCGGUCAUAUACCGGCCGACCUACACGGACCGACCAACAACACUCGCGUCUUGCAGACUUGUUUGCAAACCGUGGAGAAGAUGGUGUCGACACCUUCGGAAACGUCGGCCAGCUUCGGUUCAUGUCUACCGAGGCUGGACGAGUCGUUGCGCAAAAGACCGGCCCAGCGACUCAUAAUCCCUUCGUGCAGCACACUCCUAGCCAACAGAACGAUGCAAGCCUCAUCCAGUUCUGAUCACUGUCUCCGUUUGAUGUGUUGUUCCUUGUACAUUCUCCCUCUUGGCUCCUUUAAAAAUGUAUCCAUAUGUUUUUCCUCUAUCUCGCCCGGCGCACCCUGUGUCCUAACAUGUAUCUUACGGUAAUAUAUAGUAUACAUCCUCGAUUCAACGUGA